CACGAUCUAACCUUAUCCGGCGCUCCUUAAUGUCAAUUGAUGCCAAUGCAAGUAUGGCGGACUUCGGCGACACGAACUCGCACGAGAUGACAGAGAAUCAUGUCGGCAAGCGGAGCAAUAAUCAGUGGGUGCGACUGAACGUGGGCGGGACGUAUUUUCUAACGGCAAAGACCACCCUGGCGCGAGAUCCGAACUCGUUUCUAUACCGAUUGUGCCAGGAAGACUCAGACCUCAUUUCAGACAGGGACGAGACGGGAGCGUACCUGAUAGAUCGCGACCCAACGUACUUCAGCCCAGUCCUGAAUUACCUCCGUCAUGGUAAGCUAGUUAUCAACAAGGACCUUACAGAAGAAGGGGUGCUAGAGGAGGCAGAAUUUUACAAUAUCACCGAGCUCAUUCGACUAGUCAAAGAAAGAAUCAUUUUGAGGGAUACGCGGCCACAAAGGGAUUCCAAGAAGCACGUCUACAGAGUUCUCCAAUGUCACGAGGACGAGCUGACACAAAUGGUGUCCACAAUGUCGGAUGGCUGGAGAUUCGAACAGCUAAUCAAUAUAGGUUCUCAAUAUAACUAUGGUAAUGACGAUCAUGCUGAGUUUCUAUGUGUGGUAAGCCGAGAAUAUGGACCUAGUCAGCUCAGCAGUAAAGAAGAGGAAUCCACGGAUCGCGUCAAGGUUUUGCAGCAGAAGGGUUCACGCAUGUAAUGUCUAGAUCCGUCCUUGUUUUCCCUUGCCUCCUUUAGUUUGAUCAGCUGCGCUGCGACAAGAUGAAGACUGUUUUCGUUUUUACAUUUAAAGUAUUAAAUUGUAAUACCUGUAUUCUUCUCUUUUUCCGAUUUAUAUUCUCUCUGUCUCUACUCCUAGAUAAUAUUACUCUACAGGGACAUUACAGUGCAAAGGAUAAAGAAAAAAGAAAUUUUAUAGAAAUGUAUUUAUUACAUAGCAAAGAUUGUAUAUGAAGCUUUAAAAACCGAAAGUAACAAAGUUAUUAUUAAUUUAUUCCUUUUUAUUGACAGUGCCCAAAAGACGAAAAGAAAAAAAAAGCGUCGAUCUCACGAAUGGGAAUAGUUUAAUAAUUUCAUACAGUUUAUACAGAUAAUCGCUACGACAAACACAAAGUAAAGAAACCUUCCUUUUUCUAUAAGCACAUCUAUCUGCUUUAAAAGCAGGUAUGUUAUAUAAAUAUAUAUAUAUAUAUAUAUACAUAGAUAAUAUAGUUAUUAUUAAUAAAUGACGUUGUUCCAUAAUGGCUGCAGUUAUAUUUUAGCUUUAUUGAAUACUUUGGACGAAUGGCACAUUUGUGGAGGCAAUCGAUUUCAUACAAAUUUUUAUGAUAUAACGAUAGUCUUUAUCUCCAAUAGUGAUACGAGGUAGAGAUUGCCUUUUUGUACAAUAAUUGUACAAAAGAGUUCUUUUUCCCAUCCGUAUCCUUAUCGUAAGAUCGUCUAAAUUACUUACCUUCGCACUGCCGCUAUAAAACAUAAAAAGAACGUUUGUAUAUUUAACAUGACAAUUUUCGAAACCCAAGAGAUGCAUACUAAUAAAAAUUAUGAAUAUGUAAA